CGUCUGCUUCUAUAAGUACCACUCGCUUUCCACACUUCCUCAACACACAAUCAUUCCUGUCCAUAGAAUAGGAAAUUAUAGAGCUAGCUACCAGAACAGAAAGAAGAUGGCUAACUCCCCGGGAGGAAGGCUCUUCCUCCUCUUCUUCAUUUUGCUCAAUUUCCUGUUUCUCCAUGUCAGUGCCAAUAGCAGGAAGUUGAUGAACGACCAGAGUCAUCAGACCCCGGCUCCUCCUCUUGAUGACCGUAAGUGGUUCCAUAAGUUCUUUGGAGGUGGCUUUGGUAAGGGCUUUGGCGUCGGUGGUGGAGGUGGAUACGGUGGUGGCUAUGGAGGUGGAGCUGGGGGUGGGUAUGGUGGUGGUUCUGGCCUUGGAGGUGGAUACGGAGGUGGCAUUGGGGGCGGGCAAGGUGGUGGAACCGGCCUAGGCGGUGGCUAUGGUGGUGGUGCCGGAGGUGGGUAUGGAGGUGGCGCAGGAGGUGGUGCCGGAGGUGGGCAUGGUGGUGGGUAUGGAGGUGGUGCUGGAGGUGGCUAUGGUGGUGGUGCCGGAGGUGGACAUGGCGGUGGCUAUGGAGGUGGCGUAGGAGGUGGCUAUGGUGGUGGUGCCGGAGGUGGGCAUGGCGGUGGCUAUGGAGGUGGCGUAGGAGGUGGUGCCGGAGGUGGGCAUGGAGGUGGGUAUGGAGGUGGUGCUGGAGGUGGCUAUGGUGGUGGCGCAGGAGGAGGGCAUGGUGGAGGAGGAGGCCUUGGCGGUGGCUAUGGUGGUGGUGCCGGAGGAGGGCAUGGCGGUGGGUAUGGAGGUGGUGUAGGCGGUGGUGCUGGAGGAGGCUAUGGUGGUGGUGCUGGAGGUGGGCACGGUGGUGGUGGUGGCCUUGGUGGUGGGUAUGGAGGUGGUGCCGGAGGCGGGCAUGGCGGUGGAUAUGGAGGUGGGGCAGGAGGCGGCUAUGGCGGUGGAGCAGGUGGUGGAGCUGGAGGAGGCUACGGUGGCGGAGCCGGUGGUGGCGCUGGAGGAGGUUAUGGUGGCGGAGCAGGUGGUGGUUAUGGUGGUGGCGCUGGAGGAGGAUAUGGCGGAGGAGCUGGUGGUGGUGUUGGAGGAGGCUAUGGCGGCGGAGCAGGUGGUGGUUAUGGUGGUGGUGCUGGAGGAGGGUAUGGUGGAGGAGUCGGUGGUGGUGCUGGAGGAGGCUAUGGUGGUGGGGCAGGCGGUGGUUAUGGUGGUGGUUUUGGGGGAGGCCACGGGGGUGGGUACGGUGGUGGAGCUGGCGGAGGCUAUGGAGGUGGGCACUAUUAAAUUAUGUUGUGGUCUUCCGGACUAUAGAGUCUAAGUAUCAUACUUGUGAUUGAAACGUAAAAUUACGAGAAGAAUGACUCGUCCAUCGGUCGAGCAUUUCCGCUGUGUACUCUAUUUAUGCAUGCUAUCGAAAUAACUAGUUUGGAGAAUGGGAAAGUUCAAACUGUUCUGUAACUACUUUUGUUUCUGAUUUCUGCAGCUAUUGAAAGCCUUUAUCAGUGCAUCUCUUUUAUUUUC